CUUUUUCUUUUGCGUUCUCUUUCAUUGGGAUGCUAAUUAAAAAAAAAAAAAAUCAUCUCAGAUUCUUCCUUCCACAGUUCUACUGGACUGCCACUGAAGCUUGCUCGUCACUCACCCUGAGAAAAUGAAGGAAAAUUAAGGAAGGAUAGUCUGGGGGUGUUUUUUUCCUUGCAUCUCUCUGUAACGCAUGAACUUCAACUGAAUUAAGGUCUGUCUCAGCUGUGCUUUUUGCAAUCGAACUUUGCAAUUUUUGGAUCUCAAGGGGGUUUUAUUGCUCCACAACCUAUAUUAUCCUUGCGUGUCUUGCCAUAAGCACAGUGUAAGAUGACUCUAUUGGGAAAUUCUCCAAAUGUUUCCUCUCUGCUCAAUCAGACUUUUGGAAAUGGGGGUUCAAGCACCAGCCUCUCUGGCUCAAGUGGUUUUCAGCUGGGAAGUGUUGAUACCACAGUGGAAUCCAAUCCAGUUUCUUUUGUAACAAAUGAUGUUGGUUUCUCUUCAUCGUUGGCAACAACAAACUUGAUGAAUUCUGUUUCUUCUAGUCAAAUUCCAAAUCAUUCAGGAAGCUCAUCAUUGUCAGAUCAGCAACUGUCCCAAAUUCAACAAUUUGAGUCACAAAGGUUCCAACAUGGUCAACAGACACUUCAACCAUAUCCUGUUUCUCAGAAUCAACCACAACAAACACAACUACGAUCAAUUAGAGGAGCAUUAGGAGGGGGUUUGGGCCCUGUCAAGUUAGAGCCACAGGUAAUAAAUGAUCAGAUUGGCCCACAACCUAGGUUGAAGUCUUUGCAGAGUCCUGGUCCAGUGAAGCUAGAGCCACAACAGAAUCAGAUCGGUAGAGGCAUAGGACCUAUAAAACAGGAAAACCAACAUUCUGAUCAAGCACUCUUUCUGCAGCAGCAGCAGCACCAGCAGCAGCACCAGUUGCUCCACAUGUCCAGGCAGUCUUCUCAAGCUGCCAUUGCACAAAUGAACCUUUUACAGCAACAGCACAUUUUGCAGAUGCAACAACAGCAGCAGCAGCAGCUGUUGAGGGUACUUCCUCAGCAACAGUCUCAACUGCAUCAUCAGUCUCAACAACAGAAUGUGCCUGUUAGAUCUGCCAUGAGACCGGUCUAUGAGCCAGGAACUUGUGCUCGGCGUUUAAUUCAGUACAUGUAUCGGCAGCAGCAUAGACCUCCUGAUAACAAUAUUGAGUUCUGGCGGAAAUUUGUUUUCGAGUUUUUUGCUCAAAAUGCCAGGAAGAGAUGGUGUGUUUCAUUGUAUGGAAAUAGUCGCCAAACUAAUGGUGUUUUCAAUCAGGAUUUGUGGCAUUGUGAAAUAUGCAAUCACAAGCCUGGCCGUGGUUUUGAAACAACUGUUGAGGUUCUGCCCAGGCUUUUCAAAAUCAAAUAUGACAGUGGCACUUUGGAAGAGCUUCUUUAUGUUGAUAUGCCUCAUGAAUAUCAGAACUCACGUGGUCAAAUUGUACUUGACUAUGCAAAAGCAAUACAAGAAAGUGUUUUUGAGCACCUUCGUGUCGUCCGUGAUGGUCAACUUCGUAUUGUUUUCUCUUCAGAUCUGAAGAUUUGCUCUUGGGAGUUUUGUGCACGGCGUCAUGAGGAGCUUAUUCCACGAAGAUUGAUAAUACCUCAGGUGAGUCAGCUUGGAGCUGCUGCACAAAAAUACCAAGCUUCUGCUCAAAAUGCAUCAUCCAGCUCUUCACAACCUGAUUUAGAAAGUAACUGUAAUAUGUUUCUUUCAUCUGCUCGUCAAUUAGCAAAAGCUUUGGAGGUACCUUUGGUUAAUGAUUUGGGUUACACAAAGAGAUAUGUGCGGUGUCUCCAGAUAUCAGAGGUGGUGAAUAGCAUGAAGGACUUAAUUGACUAUAGCCAAGAGACUAGGAAGGGACCAAUGGAAAGUUUGGCCCAGUUCCCUCGUCGUACUAGGUCAUCAUUGUCACUGCAUUAUUCAGUACAGCAACCUGUGGAGCAGCAGCAAACUAGAGGGCAUUCCUUCAACAAUGAUCAUCAUACUGUACAGACAAAUGUUAUGCAUCCUUCUACAAGCAGUGGUGUUGCCAGUGCAGACAACUCUUGUGGCACAGUGUCUACUACUAGCUCUGUCACUACUGUUGCUGGGCUUCGCUGCCAGAACUCCAUGAACUCGUGGAUCGAGACUCAAAUGAACAAUCCUGGCAGUCCAUAUGCUGGAACUCCUGUUCAGAUCCCAUCUGCAGGUUCUUCGACCACUUUGCCACCAGCUCAACCUAAUCCUUCUUCCCCCUUCUCCUCUCCAACACCAUCAUCUUCUAAUAACCUACCUCAGAGUUCUCAAAAUGUUGUAACAGCAUCAACUGCUUCAAACCAUUUAGGUUCUGCAAAUUCACCGGCUCAAAUACCAUUGCAACAAUCAUCUCAGUCAAAUGAGGUUGAUCCAAAUGAAUCACAGAGCUCUGUUGAGAAAAUCAUACAAGAAAUUGUGACUUCUUCACAAUUUAGUGGUGGAGGCAGCAUGGUUAGUGUUGAUUCUGAAGGGAAUAAUAUGAAGAACAUAAAUGGGUUUGCACAGAAAAAUCAAAAUAUCCUCCCUGGUGACAAUUGCCUUUUGGGCAAUUGCAUGGUGGACUCCAGUUCAAGUACAGUGGGUGUAGGGUUUAGGAGCUUGAGUUGUGGAAAUGGUCUCUCUGCCGCUGCUAGUGGAGUAAAAGCUGUUAUGGGCAACAACUAUGGAAUUUUACCUGGGAGGGUGGGUAUGCCAUUGAGGCAUCAAGAUGCUGGUAUAGAUCAUCAACAGGAAUUCACUAAUCGGUUACUUAGUGGGCUUGGAGCAGUAAAUGGCUAUUUUGAUCACCAAUUUGAUUGGAAAUCUCCUUGAAGGUAGUUCGCGGGACAUGCUCUUGAUAAUUGCGGAUACCUUCUGAUGGGAUAUUUCUGUUGGAGAUGCAGAGUGCUUAAGCCACUUGUCUGGCAUUAGUUUGCCCGGUGCUAAUUCUAGGCGGGAAAGAAUAGGACAGUGUUUUCUCUCUCUCUUUUUUUUUUUUUUUUUUUUUUUUUUUUUUA